AUGUCAGCUGAACAGUUCCAAGCGGUCAUGGAUCCGCACCCGCAGGGCCUCGAGAGCCUCAUGCCCGGCGCUUUCCAGAAGGCCCCAGCGCCUCAGUGGCGCAGCUCCACCGCUUCGUCGCGGUCUUCCAUCUCCUCGCUUGAGGUGCCUAACCCUGUCCGGACCGCCACGUAUGCACCAGUUUUGCCGAUGUCCCCAGAGACGUUGAACAUGAACAUCCCAAACUGGACUCCUUGGGCAAACACCUUCCAUGAGGCUGCCAACUCAGAGAUUCACGGGCUUGCCCCCAACACAAUGAGCCAGGCCUUGGGUGCCGGUAGCUCGGCACCGGCUCCAAGGGCUUUUGUCCGUGGUGAGCAAAUCAUUUUCCAGCUUUAG